GCAGCAUCGAGCAGCAAGCUUUUGUGCGCUGCUGUACGUCGCGACGCGCCUUGCCGAGAGAAAGCGAUCGCUUGUAGAACGAUAAUCGACGGUACUUGCUGCAGCGCUGGUUAAAGGCGCCGGCAAUAGCGCCUCCGUAGAGCACAGCAGGGGGUCGCCGGAGCCGCCGCGUCGCCGACGCGCGUACCGAUCCACCACGACUGCUCGCCGUGUUUCUCGCACGUCGCUGAGCGCCACCGGAAAGCUAGGCGCAGCAGUACGCGGACGCGUGGGCUGCACGCCGCCGCCGCGCCACGAUGCACACCUACUGGGUGCGCCUCAACGCCGUCUUCUUCUACGGUCUCAACGUGCUCCUCGGCUUGAGCUGCUGCGCGUGGGUGAGCUGCCUGCAGCAGGACCUCGAUUUCCACUCGGACCUGCCGCGACCGGUCGUCGACACGGUGCGCGUGAACGAGCUGCUCUCGUUACGAGCGCACGGCGGCGUCGACCGCGCUCUACUGAGUUUCGACGUCCAGGCCGACCUCACGCCGGCCUUCCACUGGAACCUCAAGCAGCUUUUUGUGUUUGUGCUGGCCGAAUAUCAAACCCCGAAGAACGAGCUGAACCAGGUCAUACUGUGGGACCGGAUCGUGGAGACGGAAGAACAGGCGAAGCUUGAUGAAAGGAACAUCUACGUCAAGUACGCGCUCAUCGACCAGGCGAACGAGCUGCGGAACACGUCUAUCAAUUACUACCUCGUCUGGGACCACAUGCCCGUGACGGGGCGGCUCUUCAUGGACAAGGGCUUCGGCUCGAAGAAGAUCCUGCCCAAGGAGUAUUUCUAAGUUCUUCUAGCAAA